AUGCGCAAAAACGCCGUAUACGAGGCACUCAAGGGCGUCCCUCCGGCGUCGACAGUUGAUUCGUUCCAAGGUCAAGAAAACGAUAUCAUCUUUGUCGUGAUGGGCACCACCUACCCCAGACCUAGGCCUGGGUUUACAUCCCAGGAGCAGCGUCUUAAUGUGAUAUUUAUACGGCGUUGU